ACACACACACACACACACACACACACACACACAGAAGUCGCGUUCGGUCAGUGAGUGAGUUUAUUCAUCAGCGCGCGCGCAGCGAAUCAAACACAGUUUCGGGAACGCGCGCGACACACUGGAUUUAUAAUCGACUAUUUUCUGGAUUCUUCCUUGAAGUUCAUCGCGUGUGUGGAUAUAAAGUUCAUCGUGUGUGUGUGGAUAAUGUUUGCGUCCGUGGCUUUGCUGAUAUUAAUUCAGAGCGUCCCUGUCGUCCCGGUCACCGUCACCAGCCACAGUCCCAACGUGGAAGUGCACGAGUUCUCGGACGCCGUGCUCUCCUGUGAGUUCAAGACCGAGAAAGAAAUGAACCCUCGUAUCGAGUGGAAGAAGAAGGACAAAGACGUGUCCUUCGUUUAUUAUGAAGGACGUUUCGUAGGGCCGUUUCAGAAGCGCGCUGAGAUGGAGGGGGCGACGGUGAAGCUGCUCAGGGUCACUCAGGAGGACGCGGGCGAGUACCGGUGUGAGGUCAGCGCUCCUGCCGACGCCGUCACGUUAGGAGAGACCAACGUCACGCUACGAGUGCUGGUGCCUCCACAAACCCCGGCCUGUGAGGUUCCCAGCUCCGCUCUGACGGGCUCUCUGGUGGAGCUGCGCUGUAGGGACCAUCACAGCAUCCCCCCCGCAGUCUACACCUGGUAUAAAGACAACCGCGCGAUACCCAUCCGCCAGCCCAACGCCAGCUACACCGUCAACGAGUUCACCGGCGUACUGAGCUUCCAGACGGUGAGCAGGGCCGACACGGGUCAGUAUCACUGCGAGGCCAAGAACGGCGUGGGGCCCGCUAAGAGCUGCCAGGGGACGCUGAUGCAGAUCGAUGAUGUGAACAUAGCGGCUGUGGUCUCCGGUGUUCUCCUGCUGUGUGUGACGCUGUUGUUAUGUGUUUUCGGUGUGUGUUACGCCCGUCGCCAUGGAUACUUCAGUCGACACAGAGGGAGGUCGUUCUGGAUCCCGCAUUGUCACGGUGCGCCGCACAUUAGCAGCCAGAACCUCAACAGAACCGAACACACUCAGACGUCAGGAUACAGUCAUCCUUCAAAAGAACCUCAGGAUUUCAAACACACUCAGUCGUUCAUGCUGUGAUGUGUGUGUUGGCGACGCUGGGAACGACACACGAAGACACUCCCUCUCUCUCUUUCUUUCUCUGUAUCUCUCUCUCACUCCGACAGACUGAAGGGAUCACAAGCUGAUGUGAGAGCCGGUUUCCUCAAGUGUAGAGCAAGAGCGCCUCCUGCUGGCCGUGUGUGACCCUGAACCCGAUGAGGCCUUUCAACCAGUGAGACUCUGAUGACCUUUGACACGCGUGCCUUUCAUUUCAACACAAUCUUUAUCUAACGAGUGUGAGGAUGUAAAUCAUGCCAUGGGGUGAAUUGUUGUAUAUUUGAUCUGUGUUCUUGUUUUUUUUUAAUAAAUAUAAUCUGCAUUUUUUUGUCUGAA